GGGAAGUUAUCGUCAUUAACAUUCUUCUCCUUGUGAGCAUCACAUGUCUAUGGCUUCGUUCAGUAUCAAUGCCAUUUUGGGACACUCCGAACACAAAAAUGAAGAUUCAAGCUCCUCAGGAGGUCAACACAGCCUUCAUGAAUCAAGAGAAAGCACAGGCGAGGAAAAUGACGAAGAAGGUUGUACUUUGAAAGAAGAAGAGGCAGUUUAUGUCACUAAUUCAUCGGAGGAAAACCUAAGUUACGUGGAUGAUUCUGUGCCUUCGAGCCGCGAGAGCCUUUACAUCAACAAGAUUCGCAGACGACGCACAGCGUUUACCAGUACCCAAUUAAAAUCUUUGGAGGAAAAAUUCCACGACAAGAAAUAUCUGACAAUUACAGAAAGAAACAAUUUGGCGAAGGGACUUCAUCUAACAGACACUCAAGUCAAAACAUGGUUUCAAAAUCGGCGAACAAAGUGGAAGAAACAAAUGGCGCCGGACUAUGAAGCCAGUUUGCGCUGGGAAGAAAUGAACAGUAUGUUUAGCCAUUUUCAAACUGGUUUUCCCUGCUGUGGAGAAGUGAACACUCAUUUUCGCCCUGUGCCACAAUUUUACAAUGUUAUACCCAGUUUUUGUCCAUCCUCCAACCUUCAGGUCGUCUAUUCCAAUAUGUCUUUACAUCCCUUCUCGUAAAAUUAUGACUUCAGCAAGCAUGAUGUUUUUCCUCUAAUCUUUGCUAAUUGUUUCAGUAAACGACCCUUAAUUCAAACAGAAAAGUCAUCGAUUGCAAGGAGAAAUAACAAUCAUGUCCAAUUGUGACUUAGUAAAUAAGUUUAGGAGGUAAGAGCACCUAUUUCGUGCCAGAAUUACUACUUGGGCGUGAAACUAUUCACAAUAAACUGAUGGGCCAUUUUUGAACAUUCGAGCACUUUCAGUUUGUUUGUAUGCGUUAUAAACAAACUGGAACGCCUAGUUUCAAGUAGAUCUGGGGCGAAACGUGCCUUUAGUUCAUACGUAAGUGUGAUGUAAAUUCCCAUCGGCCUGGGAAAAGGAUGCGGAUCAUCCGAGUAAUUGACUGAUUACUGACCGCAUUCCAAACAUGUCGCUUUUCGUGGGUUCGGGCGGAAACCAUGAAGAGUUCAAGACUUUAUUGAGAUCUACACUAAGCCUGGAUUUUGCUUUGCAAACAUUUGAUAUUGAUUAGGAAGCUACCCAGUUUACUUAGAGCUGGUAAUCCGAGGCUGAGACAACCAAGUUAAAAUCGUAAACUACGAUGAUUUAUUAUAUUUCAUCACUAAAAUCUAACAUUCACAAUUCCAGCUCGUUGGUCCUCGAGCGAUAGUGUAAGCUUGCGGCGGAUGAGUGGGCUCCAGUGAUACCUCUUUCCCAGAAAAUGUAAUACUCGUCUUAAUGACCUCCUCAUCUCCUCGAAUACAGCUUUUGCUUUGUGCUGAACAGUGAAAAGGAAGUAAGUCAUAUUGUUUGUAAGAUGAUUUAUUAUUUCCAUCGACUACAAAAAACAAAAUCAAAAUGAUAGUUUACAUGAUUAUGCAAUCUUGCAUUUCAACAAAUAGGAAACCUCCUCGCAUACGUGCAUGUAUUUCGAAGCUAAAAUUUGGCUUCAUGUCUUACGGUAUGCAAUAAAUAGUGAUUAAAUAAUUUUGUGCAUCCUAAUUUUGUACAUUUACGUUAUUGUCGCUUCUGCUCAUUUAAUUGAACUUUUUAAUCUGCGUCUUUUCUCUGGGAUGAAUGCUGUUGUCAGGAACGCCGCGACAGAAGAGCAAUGCCUUCAAUUAACACCAUAAUAAAAAUUUUGUUUCUUUGA